UCUGUGGUCUGGUAGGUACUAUCUGUUGCACAGUCCGUCAACGCAGUCACGAUGGUCGCCACCGGUUGUCCAGCUGCUGUAUCGCCGGCAACUCUAUUGAUUUGGGUAGCAUUGACCGCUUGUUUCUGUCUUCUUGCUGUCGCCGUCGACGGCAAUGUCGUCCCGGUUGAAAAAACAGCAGAACAUACAGAACGAGACAGACAGUAUUGGAUCGAAAACGCCAAAGACAAGGUGACCGAGAAACUAAAGUACAUCAAUAAGAGAGGUGUCGCCAAAAACGUUAUCAUGUUCCUGGGCGACGGUAUGUCGGUGACUACAUUGACGGCUUCCAGGAUUUAUCAGGGACAGUUGAAAAAACUGACCGGCGAGAGCGAAUACUUGAGCUUCGAGAAAUUCCCUUUUGUGGGCAUGUCGAAGACAUAUUGCGUAAACAAGCAAGUUUCGGACUCGGCUUGCACGGCCACAGCAUACUUAACGGGCGUCAAGGGUAAUUACGAGACGGUAGGUCUGUCGGCGGCAGUAGAGCUUUUCGAUUGCCCGGGAUCUGUGGCUCAGGAAAACAGGACCGACUCGAUAUUGCAGUGGGCCCAGAAAGCUGGGAAAUCCACCGGUGUAGUGACCACCACCAAGGUAACACACGCCUCUCCAGCUGGUACAUAUGCGCACUCGGCUCACCGAAACUGGGAAUCGGACUACGAUUUGGCGAAGGCGGCCAACCUGACAGACAUAUCACAGUGUAUGGACAUAGCCAAACAACUUGUCACCCAAGAACCGGGCAAGGAUAUUAACGUGAUACUAGGAGGAGGACGCAACAAGUUUUUUUUGGAGAACAGUAUUCAAAAUGGAUCCAGGUCAGACGUUGAUCUUGUUCAGAUGUGGAAGAACGACAAGACGAAUCGUUUCAUGGGCUCUUCGGCAAAAUAUAUCGAAGACAGAGAUAGUCUGUUAAACAUUGAUCCUUCAAAAACUGAUUACUUAUUAGGUCUCUUCGCUAAGGACGACAUGGAUUUUCACUUACUAGCCAACCCGACCAAGCAACCCACGUUGGCGGAAAUGACCAAAACGGCCAUCGAAGUGCUGUCGAAAAACAAAAACGGGUUUUUCCUGUUCGUCGAGGGUGGCCUGAUCGAUUUGGGCCAUCACCAAACCAAAGCCAGACUUGCCCUGGACGAGACGGUGGAGUUCUCCAAGGCCGUACAACAGGCGGUCGACAUGACCAAAGAGGACGACACCCUUAUCGUUGUCACUUCGGAUCAUUCUCACACAAUGACCAUGGCCGGUUAUCCGGAUAGGGGUAGUGACAUACUCGGCGUGGCGACCACCUCGUCCACUGAUGCCAUGCCGUACACGACCCUCAGCUACGCCAACGGUCCCGGCACGGUCAACGGACAGGCCUUGGGCUGUGCCAGGCAGAACUUGUCCGGUGUCGAUUUGACGGAUCCAACCUACAUGUAUCCACAUCUGGUACCGUUAAAAUAUGAGACCCACGGCGGUGAAGACGUAAUGGUGUUCGCCAGAGGCCCUUGGGCUCAUCUGUUUACCGGCAACUACGAGCAGAACGUGAUACCAGUGACCAUGGGCUUUGCAGCCGGCAUAGGACCUGCCGCCGACCCCAGCGCCUUCAAGACAAGUGGUGGCGUGUCUUCGACCAACAGCUGUACUUAUCGGGUUUUCGUGUUGUGCAUUGCUUCCUUGAUCGCGACACUCGCUCACAACAUAAGAUGAAAACAACAAACUUGUUUUACUUAUUGAUUUAUUCACGACGACUGUUAUGUUAGAACAUAGUGUAUUAUAAUUAUUAUAUAUUUUUUAUCCCAUUUGUUUAAUAUUGAACUACGUGUACUAACUAUGAAGUCUUUGACCUACGGAUACCGUCCAUCGUCACUGUCCGUUGUACUUAAAGUGUGUAAUAAACUUAUUUUCGUUUUUUUUAA